UGGUCACGACUGCAGACGUCAGCUGCGAACCAGCCCUCGCCUCGGCGUGGAGCUGCCCUUGUGCACGAUGCGUUCACAGAGCAGUUGUUCCUUUUCGGUGGCAGCGAUGCUGAACAACCAGAGUUGGCGACAACUCAACGUGACCGGGCCUCGCCCAGCUGGCCGGCACACCUUCGUGUACGGCCUGUACGUCAACAGCAGCAGUAGUGCCUCGGGCAGCAGCACGGCUGCGCGCCCCACACGUGUGCUGGUUGUGGCCACUGGGCAGGGCUCCGCCGUGUUCUCCGACAUAUGGGCCCUGGAUCUGGAUUCGGUCACGUGGCGACAGCUGCCGCAAGCGGGGGAUCCGCCCAACACGGUGUACGGCUCCGCAGGCGGCAUCGCGCCCUCGGUCCCGGGCGGCCCGCACAGCAGCCGCUUCUGGCUGUCGCACGGCUUCUCCUCCAAGCGGCGCUACUCAACCACUCACUACUAUGACCUACAGGCGGAGAGGUGGGUCCUUGUGCACGGCGCCAUAAACUCGUACGAUGCUACGGGCCCGCACUCACGCUGCAUCGUGAGCAGCACCGUCAUGAGCGACGAGCGGAUCGUCAUGUACGGAGGCUGCGCCCAGAACGGAGGCACGGGCGGCCCCUGCCCUGCGCGCGACGCCUGGACGUUUGACGGGUCAAGCUGGAAGCAGGCCUCCACCUGUCCCACACCCCGCACACGUGGCGUCAUGGUGCCCCUCACGUCCCCUCUCCUGUCGCUGCCCACAUCGGCUGACAUGGCCGCCGCGGCGGCUCAGGAGGCGAUGAUGGGGCCGGGCCGAACGGGCAGUGGUGGCAUAAUGGGGCCCGACAGCCUGAACCAAACCGCCGGGCUGCGAGUGUACGGCGGGCGUUACGUGCUUCUGUACGGCGGUUACGAGCGCGACAAGCAGACCAUCUCCGUGUCGUCGGCACCAGACGACCAGCUCCCGGUGCUGGAUCUUGACAAUGGCGAGUGGCUGCUUCUGCGCGCGUCGGGGGAGGUCCCGGCAUUCAGGGGCCAGCCCGCGGUCGCACACGACGUGGCGACCGGGCGUGUGUGGGUGUUUGGCGGCCAGCUCCGCGGCAGUGGCGCCCUCAGCAACGACCUGUACGAGCUGCAGGGCGACCCGGAGGCCACGCCGCCCUACCCGGAUGGCUCAUGUGGCUCCACCUUCCUAUACCCGCAUCUGCACGGCAUAUUUAUGGGCCUUGCGUGGGGCAUACUGCUACAGGCAGGCUGGUUUAUCGCGCGCUACUUCAAGCGGAGCACGACUUGGUUCAAUCUGCAUCGUGCCUGUCAGAUUUCCGGGCUGGUGCUUUCCAUCGUCGGUUUGGCGGUGGUGAUGGCAGGCGGUGUGAAGCCCAGCAAUCUGGGUUUCUCCCACGGCGCCAUCGGGCUCACGGCGCUGGGCCUGGGACUGCUGCAGCCGCUGAACGCCUUCUUCCGCCCGCACAAGGGCGAGCGCUGGCGCAUGCAGUGGGAGUGGCUGCACCUCACCACCGGCAGGUGUGCGGUGGUGCUGGGGGCGGCAAACGUGAGCCUGGGCACCUUCCUGGUGCAGGGCCCCUACGCGGUGUGGAUCUCGUGGCACGUCCUGCUGGGCGUGUUCGUCAUCGUGGUCAUCAUUAUGGAGGUUCGGCAUCAGCGGGAUCUGCGGCGCAAUGCUGGGCGCCCAGAUGCCGCAGCCGCACCCGCCAAGGAUGUUGACACAUCAACCGACUCUGCUGAAGCUGGAACCAGUGGCGGCACAUCUGGUGGCAAGGCAUCUGUCGCACCUGCACCGAGCAAGCUGGCCUAGGUUGCAUGGAGUAGAUAGGCCGCGCGAAGUGGUCAGUGCAAGAAUUGUUGUGUCCACGCGGCAUGACAGGAUGGCGGCAAUAUGAGCUUUAUAAGGUUGAUUGGUUGGGACCUAGGGCAAGAGGAGCUAUGGCAUACAUAUAAAGGCCACCACUGCCUGUUGGCAAGGGCCGCACACAUGCCGCAUGUCUGCACCGUCAUGAUUGUAUUUAUGGUUACUUGCUCACGAGCACGGCAAACCGGUAUCACUUUAAGCAUGACGGAGCCGAGGACUUGGGAAGUCGUGUGUCCGUGCGCAUGAAUAAACACACAAGCAUGACAAGAAAGUGGCUGUCCCUCUCAAGGGAGAAGUGGGCUGCGCCCACGCCCCGCCCUCUUACGCCGUCCUGAGUGGUCGUCUGUCCUAGGCGCAAACUCAACACAUUGCUUCGGCGUGUGGGGACGCCACGUUGGCGAGAGCCAAGGAUGGCCCUAAUACACCAUGGGGCAUGUCGCACCCGUGGAGGGCACUAUAACUUGUAAGAUCACAUCUCU